AUGAAAAAAAAGAAAGUAAUAAAGAAGAUGAAUUGGAUAAUUAAUAUUUCAUAAUAUUAAUUACCUUAAUUAUUAUAUAAAUUAAAAUCUAUUAUAGAUAUUAUUAUUACUAAAGUCUCAGAAUAAUUAAUUUGUUAACUAGAUAUCAAAUUAUCAUUUUUCAAUUAUGAUGAAGUAGAUGAAUAUCCUGUUGAAAAUUAAAAACACUAAAGUACAAUCAACUUGAUAUCCUAAAUCAAAGAAUUAACUAAUUCUUCAAGAAUUCAACAAUCAAAAUAGUUUAAAGAAUAGAAAGGAAAGGAAUAAGAUGAAGAAAUGAUAUUAGAAAAGGAUGGAAACCCAUUCGAUAGGUAGCAGAUAAGGAAAGUAAAAGGGAAAAAAAAAAAUUUAUACAAGCUAAGGAAUAAUAGAAUAUUUAAGAAAUAUUGUACUAUAUAUGAUCAAAAAAAUAAAGUAAAUUAUCUUUGGAGCAUUUCCUCGUUUAAAUUUGACUGA